AUGAAAGUAGCCGUUUUCAGCACAAAGACUUACGACAAAGAAUAUUUUGAUCGUUUUAAUCCUGGCAACCAUCACGAGCUAACCUAUUUCGAAGCCUCAUUGCGAAGCAAGACAGCAGCUCUGGCAAAGGGAAGCGAUGCUAUUUGUCUUUUUGUAAAUGAUAAAGCAGACGCCGCCACGAUACAGUUACUGUCGGAACAGGGAGUACGUUUGAUCACACUUCGCUGCGCGGGCUUCAACAAUGUUGACCUGGAAGCGGCCGCCCGUUAUUCCGUCAAAAUAACCAGGGUACCCGCUUAUUCGCCUGAAGCGGUGGCGGAACACGCCGUGGCAUUGAUACUCACAUUAAACCGGAAAACACAUAAAGCGUAUAACCGUGUCCGAGAAAGUAAUUUCUCAUUGGAGAAAUUGCUCGGCUUUAAUCUUCAUGGAAAAACCGUUGGCGUUGUCGGCACAGGCAAGAUCGGCCAGGCUUUUAUUCGUAUCAUGCUUGGUUUUGGAUGCAGGGUGAUUGCCUAUGACAAAUAUCCAUCGACUGCCAUGCAACAGGCGGGUGUUACGUAUAUGUCAUUUGACGAACUCCUGCCACAAUGCGAUAUCAUUUCACUGCACUGUCCACUGUUGCCCGAAACGCAUCAUUUAAUGAAUGCCGCAGCUUUAUCCAAAAUGAAAAAAGGAACCAUGCUGAUAAAUACCAGCCGUGGUGCCGUGAUCAAUACCGCCGAUGCAAUCGAGGCAUUGAAGAAUAGCCAGCUCGGCUACCUGGGAAUAGAUGUAAGUAUUAUCAAAUAUCCAUUUUUGCUGAGUGAAUGUAUUAUUGUUGUAAUCGGCAAACCAGAUAUUAUCUUCAUCCUCGUUUCCCCAGGGCAUCUUCGUCCGUUCGUCUUUAUGAUGAUACUUGUAAAUAGCCUUAUUGUCUGUAAAGGAAAGCUGGUAGUAGCUGUUGGAAAACUGCGGGUAGUUGUUUUUCGCCAUAUCGGACCAGAUUCCAUCACCAAAAAGCUUAUGAUUGUUUCGCCUCACUUCGUAUUCAAUAAGACCGCUGUUGAUGAAAUGCUGCGCCUGCGCAAGACUGGCGAUAAAUAUCGAGAGUAA